UAGCAUUAUAUUUUAGACUGUCCAAAAUUAUGUUUUAGGUAAAUUUAAAGUGAAGUAUUUUGUAUAAUAAGUUUGGUAUUGCUCAACUUUUUGCAUUGUAUCUAGCAGAACUUUAAACUAUAUUGUGAUCUCAUGUUAAGAGAAUGAGCCAAGCAGCUGGCAACGACGGACAGGCUGUCCCAGAGGGGGAACCUGAACACGUGAGUGUGCACACUGAAGCGUCAAGCUUCACACCUCAGCAGGCCUCCGAGCAGGCGGUCCCGGGCGUGGGUCCUAUUCCGGAAGCCGUUCCCAUUAUCCAGCCGCAGAUCACGGCUAACUUCAUUAACUUCCUUCAGCAGAUGGCUGGAGCAUACGUUCCACCGCCGUCGCCACCGCCACCACCAGUGGCGGUGGUCACCAUCGAGAAGCUUCCGAAGAACGGAGCUGAGGAAUUUUUGGGCGAUCAAAUCGCCGACCCUAUGAUUGCCAAACGGUGGUUCGAGCGAACCAUACGAGUGCUGGGGAACCUGAGGGUUCCACAGGAGCAGCGUGGCGACCUCGCAGUUGCCUUACUUCAGGAUUCCGCCUACGACUGGUGGAAGCGUGUAGGAGCGGACGUUCCGGAGCCGGUGCAGUGGGCCACUUUUGACCGACUCUUUCAUGAGGAGUACAUCCCGGAGCACUUCGUCGAGGCGAAGCGAGAGGAGUUUUUGAAGUUCACCCAGGGUGAACUCACGCUGCCUGAGUAUCGUCAGAAGUUUGACGAGCUCGCGGGGUUUGGGCAAGACCUCGUACCGACGGUGGAAAAGCGGUGCCAACGCUUCGUGGAGGGCUUACGUCCUGACCUUUCAACUCAUCUGAUUAAUUCUCCACGGAGUGACAUCAAUAAGUUGUACAAGAAUGCGUUGGACCUGAAUGCGGCUCUCAUCAGGAAGGCUAAAUUCGAGCAGGCUCAGGGGGUAUCAGCAGCACCAUCCCGUCCUCCUCCACCUCAGAAGGCGGGGACCAGCAGCAAGAGGUCCUUUGUAGCACCGAGCAGCUCUCACCAGAGCAAGAAGGUGAAGUCAGCCCAGCUCAGUCGUCCGCGCCGGGCAUUUCCGAAAAGAUUGUCCGAAGAAUCCGGGGGAGGCAUUCCCGCCGCACCGGCCGCUUCCGCCCCAGCAGCACAGCCCGCUCAGAGCCAGAAGUCGGCAGCAGCGUCCAGUCAGCCCAAGCGGCAAGCAUCAGGCGCUCAAGGGGGAAAGGCCCCGGCUCGUACUUACGCGAUGCGAGGGCGUACCGAGCAGCCAGCCCAUGACGUCAUCAUGGGUAUGUUUACCUUAUUCGAUACAUCUAUUAUAGCUUUGAUUGAUCCGGGUUCCACUCUAUCAUAUGUUUGUAUGCCUAUGCCUGUUAUGCCUAACCUUCCGAGGGAAAAUUUAGACAAUCCGGUAAUAGUGUCCAACCCAUUGGGACACAGUCUACGACUCACCCAUGUGUAUCACGAUUGCCCAUUAGUGGUCCAGGGAAAGAUUUUCCCUGCGAGUCUCAUUGAGCUUCCACAUCGUGAGUUUGACGUUAUUCUAGGCAUGGAUUGGCUCACCGCCAACCAAGCCGUUGUUGACUGUGGAGCUCAUACUGUUCGACUGAGAGCUGAAGACGGUAGUGACGUACUGAUCCAUGGUGAGCUUCUUCCGAAAGCUCCAGAAUUCAUUUCCUACAUUCAUGCUCGUCGACUCAUUCGCAAGAAGUGUGAAGCAUUCUUGUGCACAGUGCGUGACACUCGUCAGGAGGCGCCUAGUAGGGGGGACAUCCCUACGCCUACAUUACAACAGCAGAUAGCCUCAGCCCAGAGCAGCGAUGAUUUCUGUAUCCAGACCGUGGAGCUCGUCUCUCGAGGAGAGAAGCCGGAUUUUGCAGUCCAGGAUGGUAUCUUGUACUAUCGGGAGCGCAUGGUUGUGCCAGCGGGGGAGAUUCACGAUGUUUUCCACGUGUCCAUGCUUCGGAGGUACCGGUCGGACCCAUCACAUGUGAUACCAGCUGAUACAGUCACACUUGAUGAUAAUCUUACAUACGAAGAGGAGCCGGUUGAGAUUCUGGCUCGCGAGGUCUGUCAGUUGAGGAACAAAACCAUUCCGCUGGUCAAAGUUCUGUGGAGAAGUCACACCGUCGAGGAGGCAACAUGGGAAACCGAGGAAUCCAUGCGCACUCGUUACCCACAUCUUUUCAGUGACUAGUGAUCAGCUCGGGGUGGAAGGUUAAAACUCUAAGGAGCUAAGGUUGUGGCGGUGAUCUUGACGGGUUGGUUGAGAUGAAGCCACGGGUACAGCAAUAACGGGAAAUGGUGAGGACCUUGUUGUAUUGAGCAAGAUUGUGUCUUUUGGUAGCCACUGGCUAAAGGUUUUUGGAGCCAGAGGUUUAGAGGGUGAAUGCCCCAGGCUUUAGGUAUGACUCCUUCUGAUUUAAGAGGGAAAUUGGGAAAAUGGUUGGUUCCCUCACUAUCACCCUCACUAUCACAUGUGUUUUCCUGGCUACUGGGAAGGCAACAACGAAGAGGAGGUACUUCUGUGAAGUAUACUUCAAGAGGAAGAAGACAUUUGUUGGGUUGUACUGAUAACCACCCACUGCGCCAGACAGGGAUCUAGCAUUUCUUCGCUGCAUUAUUGUAUCAGA